AUGGGGGGGGGUUUUAGGGGUAUAGGGGGGGAGGUAGUUGAAGAAGAGGGGGGGGGGGGGGGGGGGGGGGGGGUAGUGGGUAUAGUUGGGGGUUUGGGUGGGGGGGGGGGGGGGGGGGGGGUGGGGGAUGUGGGGGGGGGGGUGGGGGGGAGGUGGGUUGUGGGGUGGGGGGGAGGGGGGGGGUGGGGGUUGUUGGGGUGUGGGUGUGGGGUGGAUAAGUGUAUGGGGUGGUUAGAGGGGGGGGGGGUUGGGGGGGGGGGUUGGUUAGGGGGGGGGGGGUGGGGGGAUGAGGGGGGGGUGGGGUUUGGGUGUGAUUGGGGGGGGUGGGGGUUUGGUUUGGGGGAGUGGGUGGUGUAUUGGGAUUUGUGGGGGGGGGGGGAGGGAUGUGGUUGUUGUUGGAUGUGGGGGGGGGGGUGUGGGGGGGUUGGGGGUAGGGGAUGGGGGAUUGAUUUGUUGUUUGGUGGUGGUGGUUUGUGGGUUGGGGUUUUUUUAGUGGGGGGGGUGUUGGGGGUUAGGGGUGUUGUGGUUGUGUGUGGGGGUUUUGUGGUUUGGGUUUUGUGGUUUGUGUUUUGGUUUGGUUGGGGAUUGGUGUUGUUGGGUAGUAAGGGGUGUAUGUUUAAGAAGGGGGUGGGGAGGGGGUGGGGUGGAAAUUGGGGUGAGGAGGGGGGGGUGGGAUAUGAUUGGGGAGGAGUGGAUUGGGGGUGGGGGGUGGGGGGAGGGGGUGGGGUGGUGUGGGUUGAGGAGGGGUGUGGUGUAGGGGGGUUAGGGUUAGUGUUUGGGGUUAUAGGGGGGGGGUUGGGGGGGGGGGGGGGGGGGGGUGUGGUUGGUGGUUUGGGGGUUUGGGGUGUUGGGGGGUGGUAG